CUCCGAGCAGCUGAGAUCACAGGCAUGCACCACCACGCCUGGCUAAUUUUGCUUUUUUUUUUUUUUUUUAAGUAGCGACAAGAUUUCUCCAUGUUGGUCAGGCUGGUCUCAAACUCCUGACCUCUGGUGAUCCGGCCGCCUCGGCCUCCCAAAGUGCUGGGAUUACAGGCGGGAACCACCACGCCCGGCCUGUCUCUUUCUUUUCUCUGUCUCUCUCUCUCCCUGUCCCCUCUGCUCCUAGUCUUUCUCUCUGUCUCCCUCCCUCUCAGUCUCUCUCUGCCUGCCUCCCUCUCUGUCUCUGUCUCCCUCUCUGCCUCUGCCUCUGUCUCCCUGUCCGCUGCGUCUCUCUCCCUCUCUGCCUCUGUCUCUCUGUCUCCCUCUCUGUCUCUGUCUCCCUCUCUGUCUCUGCGUCUCUGUCUCCCUGUCUCUGUCUCUCUCCAUGUCUCUGUCUCUGUCUCUGUCUCCGUCUCCGUCUCUGUCUCAUGAAUUCUCCCGCUCCUCCCCUCCUGAACAAUUGCUGCUGCAUCUGUUCAGCCCGGAGCCCUCAGGGCCACCGUGCUCCCUUCGUCUGCUCCGCAUCUAACUGCUGCUGGUCACUGUGGCUGCUCACGACCCCUCUUCACAGCACACCACAUCCACCCAGCAAGUGUUGGUUCUGUGAGCACUGCCCGCCCUGCUCUCUGCCCACCCUGCCUACAGCCGCCUUGCGCUCCAGGUCCGUGUGUGGGGCAGCUUGGACCCAGAUCUCCCUGUUAAAGCGGCAGAACUUCAUUGGAGGAAGUCUGACCCUGGUGCCGAGUGUAGGACGGGACAGGUGUGGGGCAGCCCAGGCCUGUGGGCUGGGCCGCAUGGUUCUGCGCUCAGGCCUGUGGGUCGGGACGCGUGGUCCCGCGGUGCUGAGUGUGGGCCGGCACGGGUGGAGUCAGCCCAGGCCCGUGGGCCGGGCCGCGUGGUUCUGCGGAGCCGGGAAGGAGUCCAGACCUGAACCUGGCAUUCGAGGCCCUUUGCGCCGUGCCCCCCAGCGCAGCCCAGCCUGCCACGGAAGCCUCUGCUCCCGACUCAGACCUAAGGAAAUGUGCUGGCCACGCAGUUACAGCCCCUAAGACGUCCCCGUCCUGAUCCCCAGGACCUGUCGCCGUGUCGCCUCUCAUGGCGGACGGGACCUGCAGAUGGGACUGAGUGACAGACCCGAGACGGGAGAGCGUCCUGGGUGACCUGGAGACCCAGUGUCCUCACAGGGCCCUCACGAGAGGAGGCGGGAGGGUGAGAGCCAGAGAGAGACAGGAAGAGCCUGCGCUGUGGCCAUGAAGGGGGAGGAAGGGGCCCCAAGCCAAGGGAUGCGGGUGCCUCUGGACACUUGGAAAGGCAGGAACUGGGUUUUCCCCUGGAGCCCCCGGGAGGGACCUGCCCUGCCCACCCUUGAUGUUACAACUUCUGCCCUCCAGACUGUGAGAGGAUAAGUGUGUGUUUCAUUUAUGUAUUUUUUUAAUUUUUAUUUUUAGAGACAGGGUCUGGCUCUGUUGUUCAGGCUGGAGUGCAGCGGUGCAAUCUCGGCUCACUGCAGCCUUCACCUCCUGGGCUCAAGUUAUGCUCCCAUCUCAGCUUCCCCAGUAGCUGGGACCAUAGGCACGCACCACCACGCCCAGCUAAUUUUUUAUGUUUUGUAGAAAUGAGGUCUCACUGUGUUGCCCAGGCUGGUCUCAAACUUCUGGGCUCAAGCGAUUCUCCUGCUUGAACCUCCCAAAGCAUGGGGGUUACAGGCGUGAGCCACCGUAUUCAGCUUGUUGGAGCCAUGAGGUUGACAGUAGCUUUUCACAGGAACGAGGGGAAACGGAGGCACCAUUCGAAGCCAUCGUGUGACCCGUGGCAUAUGUGCAUUCCCUGCAAAUGUUUCCUGCUGUUGUAUAAACCGGGAGGGAUUGGUAGGGAGAACCCGUUCCUGGGCUGGGAGUGAGGGUGAACGUAAACCCCACAGGCCAUAACGUGUCAGCUGGUCACUACUUUUUUUUCUGGAGACCGAGUCUUACUCUUGCCCAGGCUGGAGUGUAGUGGCGCCAUCUUGGGUAACUGCAACCUCCGCCUCCCGGGUUCAAGCGAUUCUCAUGUCUCGGCCUACCAAGUAGCUGGGACUACAGGCACC